AUGACUCUUUUUAUAUAUUUAUAUUGUGUGAUAUGGAUAACGCUUUUGACGGUCUGCUGCACUACGACAGGUCAGGGAAUGCCCAACGGAGUAAAUGUAGUAUCCGUUGCUCCUAUAGAGGUUCCCAAUGAGUCAAUGUACCCGAGAUUCGCUGAGCCGAUCCCCAACGUGACAGUAACAGUCGGUAGAGAUGCUUUACUGGCGUGUGUUGUGGAUAACUUAAGAGGGUUCAAGGUUGCCUGGGUCCGUAUGGAUACACAAACAAUCCUGAGCAUCCACCACAACAUAAUAACUCAGAAUCCUCGCAUCAGCCUGUCGUACAACGACCACCGCUCGUGGUACCUGCACAUAAAGAACGUGCAGGAGGUGGACCGCGGCUGGUACAUGUGUCAGGUCAACACUGACCCGAUGCGCUCGAGAAAAGGAUACCUCCAAGUUGUAGUGCCGCCAUCGAUCAUUGACAAUAUGACAUCCACGGACAUGGUAGUGAGGGAAGGUACGGAUGUGACCUUGGUGUGUCAGGCGUCAGGCUACCCGGAGCCCUAUGUUAUGUGGAGGCGCGAAGACGGGCAGGAUUUUAACUAUAACGGAGAAUCUGUGGGUGUAGUCGACGGUGAAACUUUAACAAUAACGAAAGUGUCACGGCUGCACAUGGGCGCUUACCUGUGUAUAGCAUCAAACGGUGUUCCUCCGUCAAUUAGCAAACGCAUCAUGCUCAUGGUACAAUUUCCGCCUAUGCUCUCAAUCCCAAAUCAGUUGGAAGGGGCGUACAUCGGUCAGGACGUGACGUUGGAAUGUCACACUGAGGCAUUCCCCUCCUCAAUCAACUACUGGACAACAGACCGUGGAGAUAUGAUCAUUUCCGAAAUGGAAAUUGUAGGUGGCAAGUACGAGGCGUUUCCCGUGGAUAGCGGCUACAACAAAUUUAUGAUGCUCAAGAUUCGCAAUAUAACCAAAGAAGAUUUCGGCAGUUAUAAAUGUAUCGCGAAGAACUCGUUGGGCGAAACGGACGGCAUCAUCAAACUCGAUGAAAUACCAGUACCGCCGUCGGCUCUCACAACUACGCAAAAAUCAAUACUGGAUAAUCAAACGAUCAAAAAAAAAGGUCAACUUCAAAUUGUACGAACGAAUGACGCGGUCAGUUCCACCUUCCAAGGUGUAGCUUUCGGUGAACAAAUAAGAGAUUUUGAUUUAUAUGAAGAAGAAAACAGUGCAGUUACACCGAAAAUAGAAAAAUUAAUAUACGUCUUACUAUUAUUACCUUAUAUUUAUCAUGUUAUAAGUGUUUCGUUACAAUUACAAUCUUGAUAACUAGUGUAAGUAGAAUAUCUUAAGAUAUUAUACAUUUAUAAGUUUCUCUU